AUGAAGCAUUUCGCGUCGUCGUCGAAUUCAGGCGAGGAGCGGUUCUGCGCUUCCGCGACUUCCUCCUCGCCUCUCCCCGGGGCAAGAGGGGCGGCGGCGGAGCUGCUCGGCGAGAACGAGAGGCUCCGAAAGGACAACAUGCAGCUGAGCAAGGAGUUGCUGGAGAUGAAGAAUCUCUGCAACAACAUAUUCUCCAUGGUGUCAAGUUACACCGGCAGAGCUGAUUCUCAGGCAGAGGACGCGAGGGCGCCGCUGGAUCUGAUGCCGGUGAAGCGUUGUCCCGGCGAGUUGAAGGAAGUGAGGAUUUUCGGGGUGGCGAUUGGUGCGAAAAGAGGAAGGGAGAAUUGA